UUUAAUCUGACUGGUUGGCAUUUUGUGACCUACUGCAGUAACAGCGCCUUCCUGUGGUCAUAGUGUUUCAUUAAAACAUUACCCAUAACCCCAUUCGGUCAGCAAAGGGAAGAACCCCCUCCCCGGCACAUAUUUGUGUUUGAUUAAUCGAUUUUCCAUAACUGUGUAAUUGUGUGUGUGGAGGGGUGUAACGCCCAUAUCAUGUAAGAUAAUGUAGUCACGUGUACACUGAUGACCUUUGACAUCCGAAGUUAUAGCAGUGCUACAGACACACCCAUACCCUGACUGUAUAUACACACACACGCACUUCUCUGUGGACUUUAAUCUGACUCUCUGAGGUUAUCUCCUGACAGGUAGACAGUAUAUUGUCUUCUUAAAGAGCACCGUAACACACACACACGGCGUGAGGACAGACGGGAAGUGCAGCUCCACUGCUGGGACUCCAAGCAGAGUGAAGAUGUUCAACAGCAGCAGUUCAUACAGCUAUGCAGAGUCAUUGCAGUCCAAUUACUCUUUAGAUGAAAUAUCCUCACAGAGCUCCAGUUUAUUACAACCGAACGCUAAAGCCAUCUACAUGCGCAGGAAGGAAUAUGCAGAGUCCAUCAACAAACAGCUGGCCAGGUUUCAGUACAGAGUGGAGCAUCUGUUCACCUGUGAGCUGGAUGGAGUGGAUGUCUCGGGACUGCAGGACUGUGUGGAGCGUCUGAAGCUGUUGGAGAUGAUGGGUCGAGUGUGGGGACAGGAAAUGAGCCUGGAGGUGGACAGUGGAAACUUAGUGCUGAGAGACAUUGAGACUAAAGAGGACUUGGACUGUGUUCCUCUGCUCCAUGUGUCUGAGGUGACUGCGAUGUUGGAUGUGUGUGUGUUUAACUCUCUGCUGCUGAUCUCAGUGUGUGAGACACAUGUCGUCAGUGUCUUCAUGUUCCAGUGCGACUCUCUGAGGGCUGAUUAUAUAAAGCGAGAUCUGGACCGAGUGUUACAGAACAGCAGCACUGACACAAACCACCACAGUGCUCGGGGGCGGCUCGGGGCCCAGAUGAUGAAAAAUAGCAGAAACGCACACUCCCCUCCAGAACAGAGAGAAUGGACUCGCCCGGCCUCACCUUCUAAAGAAUGGAUGGUUCCAGAUUAUGAUCAGACUCUGCCUUUGACUCCAACUUCACCCACAAGCAGACGAGAGCCAGUGACUCCACCCCCUCAGUCAGAGUACACACCCAUACCCCAAACCCCACCUCCUGCCCCUAGCCCCGCCCCCUACACAGAGAUCGAGAGGAAUGUGGACAUCCUGAAUCACCUGAUUAAUGACAUUGAGCAGUUUGGGGAUGUUGUUCUUGCUGCAGUUCCCAAAGUUGACAAGAAGAAAAAAAAGAAAAGGAAAACUUGUAAAGGAUUACCCUCAGAGGAAGAGUUUAAAGUUUGCCUGCAGAAAAUUAAAAUGGCCUUCAACCUGUUGGCAACAAUGAAGGGUCAGAUUCAGUCUCCCAGUGCUCCAGAACUCACACACUGUCUCUUCACCAUACUGGAAGUGGUUGUGAGUCGGUGUGCAGAUGAUCUCCCCGCGUGUGUAGUUGCCCCCUUGUUUGAGCCGGAGUGUGUGCGCUUUCUGAGUGAGGAGGCAACGCAGGAGGAGGACCAGCUGUGGCAGUCGCUAGGAGAUGCCUGGAACAUCCCCAGGACUCAGUGGCCAGAGGAUGAUGAUGAGAUUCCAACCUUCACUCCGGUAUUUGAUGAUGGCUGGGAGCCUUCAGAGAUCACACACGCUGAGAGGAAAACAUUCAACUGCCAGCAGUCCACCAUGGGACAGAGCAUUAAAUCUUUGGAGACGACACACAGGAGCUCUGAGGACAUGCAGGUGAGCUCGAUGUGUGUGCUGUAUGACUUCACAGCGAGAAACGAUCGAGAGCUCAGUGUGAGGAAGGGUGAGAUGGUGGAGAUGUUGGACAUGUCAAAGCGAUGGUGGAAAGUGAGGAACGAGCGUGGUGAAGAGGGUUUCAUUCCCAAUAAUGUCCUGAAGUCUACAGAGAGUGAAGACUCACAGAGGGCAGAUCCUAACCCGGUGCUGACCAGGAAGUCUCGGCCGGAGGAAGUGAAGGCCUGGCUGGAGCACAAAGAGUUCAGCAACAUCACCGUGCGCUGUCUCGGGGGUCUCAGCGGUGGGAUGUUGUUGGGGAUGACGUUAGAGGAGCUGAAGACUGUUUGUCCAGAGGAGGGAAGACGAGUGUUUUACCAACUACAGAACGUCAAGUCAGCACUAGCUCUCGCCAAAGAAGUGAGUCUGCUGAACUGAGUGCAGGAGAAUAACAUGACAUUACAGUGGACACACACACACACACACACACACACACAGGUGUAAAGUUAGUUGAGAUCUGUACAAGUAACACUGAUUGUGUGCCCAGGUAAAAACUCAUUCCCUGUAUGCAUUGCACUUAUUUAUCUGUAAACACCUGACCUUUACAAAAAAAACCCUCUUAACGUGUUUCCACCUGGAGCAGCAUUUACACAUGUUAAAGUCAGUGUUUUAUCAUGUUUAUAUUCAUUAACUGUAUAAUCAUUAUAAAUAAACAUUGACAAUUAUGAACAUAAAAUGUACAAAUUGCACACUUCAGCCUGAUGAGUAGAGGAAGCCAUGUUUUAUUUUUGUUUUUUUGAAAAGUAUCUUUACAGGUGUGAUGGUGGCUACAGCUAAAACCCAUUAACUCAAUGCUGUGCAUGAGGAAAUGUUACAGAAGGUGAUCAUCAUCACACCUCUGAGUAAACACUCAACAUUACAACUAAUCAAAUUACAAGCGAGUGAGAGAGACUGAAAAUGUAAAGAUUUUAUUAAAAAUGUAAUUGUGAUUCCAUACAGUGUAGUUAUAUUAUUUGAACUACAUUAAUUUAUAAUGUUCUGAAUGCAGUAAGUGUUUUGGUGUUUGUGAAUGAUUGAUUGGCAGCAGAACC